CACUGGUCCUUUAGCUUAUUGGGAACAAGCUGCCACGGUUUUAUGUGGGUAACUAUAAGCGGGUGUCACAUUUAUAUUAUCUAACUUAGUCACUGAUGAUAAACAAGAUGAACAAAUACAGGAAGCAGAUGGCAGAGCAGUUCCUGAGUCAGGCCCUGGGCAUCAUCUGCCUGCUGACCGGAGAGGAAUACACCGUUGUGAAGAAGACCUCACGCAGCAGCAUUCAGCAGCUGAGUGGAGAGGUGCCUAUAAAGUGUGAUGAUGUUGCUGUGUAUUUCUCUAUGGAGGAGUGGGAGUAUAUAGAGGGACACAAGGAGCUUUACAAGGACGUCAUGAUGGAGACUCACAAAGCACUAAGGACUAUGGAGAUCCCAGGAAAUGAGAGCUCAGAUCACAGUGAUGAAAAUCUAGACAUGGGAGCACAUACAGAACAGAACAAUCAUCCAGUAGAGACCCAGUCAGAUGUUUCUGCAGGUCACCGAGAUGAAAAUCUAAACACAGGAGCACAAGGAGAACUUGUACACAAUAGUCAGCCAGUGGAGACCUCAUCCGAUGUGUCUGCAGACUGGGAGAGGGGUAGUGGUGGUCGAGGGAGCGAGGGUAUAGGUUUAGGUGCUAGCUGGAAUAUUAUGGGUGGUCAGUUAGAAUUAGGUUCUGAGGUAGCUAGGGGGAUAAGAAGCUGGAGGGCUAGUGUAAAGGGUGGUGGUGGUUUUGUGCUACCUAGUGGGAAAAAACCAAAGGGGAAGGAGAAACGAGUUAGUGUGUCCCACCCUAGGGAAAGUAGAUUUAGAGUAGGGACAGAGGGAGGGAGGCCUGUGUCUGGUUCUGAAGAGAAUAUGGGAGGGGAUAUGAGGACUCAGGCCUUAGGGACAGAUCAGGGAGAGAGAGCUGGUCCCUCAACACAGGCAGGAGGUCACAAGUCUUCUGGGCUUCCUCAGAGGCCCAGGAUAAGGGAGGAGCGAUAUAGUGAGGCUGAGAAAUUGGCUCUGAUUGAGGCGUAUGUGCAGAGAACUCCGCAAUUGGAGAGGCGUAAUUUGGACAGCAACAUUAGAAGUAGGUUAUGGGAGGAAAUCAGGGAUGCUUGCAUAAGUGUGGAAGAUCGCCAACGCACCAUGGACAGUAUUAAGCACCGGUGCCGAGACUGCCGACGGGUGGUGAAAGAGAAAAUGAAACUGGAGGAAGAGCAGGCAAAUCAACCCGGAGGCCAACUCAUAGUCUAUAAUGGUUGGGAGGAGCUGCUGAAGGAUAGGAUGACUGCAGGGCCCGAGAUCCCAGGAGGACAUACAGCUGCAUCUUCUGAAAGGCAGUUGUGUGAAUAUGAUGCUGUGAUUUUAUGUGAUUCAGAACAAACAGAAGAUCCAUGGCUAAGAAAUAUGACAGAAGUGGAAGAGCAGGAAAUAUGUGAAAAAGUUAUCAUUGGUGAAAACUAUACUACGAUUCCAUAUAACACAGAAGAAACAGAAGAUCAGUGGUUACAAAAUAUGCCUGAAGCUCCAGAGAAGAAAAUAUGUGACAAUAUUAUUACAGGUGAUGUUAAGACGGAAGUCACGCUUAAUGCUGAACAAACAAAUGAUCUGUAUGUAGAGAGUCUGCAGGACGCUUUAAAACAGGAAAUCAGUGACAAUAUCAGUACAGGUGAAUUCGCAAACUUCAAAAAUCCUAGUCAUCGUCAGAGUGCUAAGGUUUCCUUCAAUCUUCUUCAAAAUCAAAGAAGCCACAUGGGAUAUGUAUGUUCUGGAUGUGGCAAAUGUUUUACCUGGAAAUCGCAACUUAUUAAUCAUCAGAAAAUUCAUACAGGAGAGAGAGUAUUUUCAUGUUCUGAAUGUGGGAUAGGCUUUAUCAAGAAAUCAAAACUUAUUGACCAUCUGAAAAUUCAUCCAGGAGUGAAAUCAAUUUCAUGCUCUGAGUGUGGGAAAUGUUUUUCUCAGAAGUCAAAUCUUAUUGCGCAUCAGAAAAUUCAUACAGGGGAGAAAGAAUUUUUGUGUUCUGCAUGUGGGAAAUGUUUUACUCAGAAAUCACAUCUUAUUAGUCAUCAGAAAAGUCAUACAGGGAAGAAAGAAUUUUCCUGUUCUGAAUGCAGGAAAUGUUUUACCUUGAAAUCAACUCUUAAAAAUCAUAUGAAAAUUCAUACAGGGGAGAAAGAUUUUGUGUGUUCUAAAUGUGGGAAAUGUUUUACUCAGCAAUCAACGCUUAUUAAUCAUCAGAAAAUUCAUAUUAAAGAAAAUCAGAGCUUAUACUCUGAAGUGCAGAGGCUGACACGUAGUUCUCAUCCAUACAAUGUUUAAAAUGCUGAUGAUUUCUACAUGUUGUUUUCUGGGGGGGAGUUUUUGGGGCUGUUUGAAGCUCACUCUGUAGCUCAAGCAGUGUUUAAGUGGCCCAGUGUGUUUGUCCUCCCUGGGGUAUUAAGGGUCCUCAUAUAGGUUUAAAUAGCCAAGUGAUUUCUUGGUGUAAAUAUAAUGUACAUUUACUGGUGUAGAGGUUCAUAGAGGGGAGCACCCAUUUGCAGAUCAGAGUAAUAAAUAUACCCAAAGGCCCUCAUAUAUAUAUUAAUAAACACUUCUUUGAAAUGUAAGUGUAUUAUAGUCAGGAGAUCACUAAGGCGACAGUGUUUCCAUAGCUAGAAUUUAAAUUGACCAGGUGUACAUGGUGAACCCCUAUGUUAACAUCAAAAGUGCAAGAGACUUUCAAAAGGCCUUGUCUGGGUUAGACUAGCCCUUUAUUUUUCCAUUACUUCUGUGUUUGAAAGGUUACCUAAAACAUUUAUAGACCCACAAAAGUUUUGACUGUACUGUAUUGUUUUAAUGUGCAUAUUUUCACACAUUUUUGUUUUAUAAUUCUCAUAAAAUAUUUGUAUUGUUUGAAUCUGCUGGGUGUGCUUAAUAAAAUAGUUUGUGUGGGCCACUUAUGUAAAA